AUGGUUCAAACUUAUCGAUCACCGGUUCGAAUCUAUAAACAUCCAUUCGAAAUUGUGAUGGCGGUUAGUUAUUGUGUCUAAGAAAGCAAUUUGGAGAUAAUUAGAGAAUUGUCUCUUGAAAAAUAAACAAUUUCCACCUGUCACAGCAGGAAAAAUCAAUAAAAUGUUCAGUUUUCCCCUCUUUUCAGGCCUACGAAAUGCGUUUUCCAACUUGCCCGCAAAUUCCAAUUUUCGUCGGCUCCGAAAUAACACACGAAUUCAAUAGCGAAGACGGAGCAGUUUGGGUGAUUGAGAGAAAAUGUCAAUUAAAUAUUGAUGCGCCUUAUUUAGUCAAAAAGGUUUGUUUUCUAUCGGAACUUCCUAGAUGUUAAAUUGAAUUAAUGUUUGAUGUCAAGUCCAAAGGUCGUCGCAUUCCAAUUAUACGUUUUAUGUUCUGUUCCAAUCAAUUUCACACAGUUUCUUAUCAAAAAGAGCCAGCCAGCCGGUCACAUGGCGAAUUUUCAUUUUCAUUUUCUUGACCAAUCAAAUGAACAUGUGAAUGACAUGUGGUGUACUUUUCUUUCUUCCAUUUCUACUGACAUAAGACAUUUCCCGUGUUUCCACAAAUAUGAUGUGGUUUUGAACUUUGAUAGAAAAUCUGUAUCUAGAAUUGAUUUUCUUUCAAUAAAAAAACACAAAUUUUGACGUGACACAUUUUUAUCAAAAACAAAUCAUUUCAUUUUAUUUUAUUUUUUUCCAGAUUGCCGGUGUCGAUUAUGUUUAUUUCACACAGAAGAAUUCGCUUGAUAGAAGGAAGAGAACAUUGAAUAUUGAAGCUUCAAAUAUCUCAUUUGCCAAUCGUAUUUUUGUUCAAGAAAAUUGUACAUAUUAUGUGAGUUAUUCUCCACAACAACAAUACUAUUUUUUGUACAUAUUUCAAUAAAUAACAAAACAAAAUUUACAGGUUCAUGCUGAAAAUGAAGAAUGGACAUGUUUCGAACAAUCAGCGUCUUUAGAUGUUAAAAGUUUUUUCGGUUUUGAAGCGACUGUUGAAAAAUUGGCUGUUAAACAGUAUGCAGCGAAUUUGGCGAAAGGAAAGGAGAUUUUGGAGUUUUUUAUUGAGGAAUUGUUGAAGAAAACAACUUAUAUUGAGAGAUUCAAGGAACCGGAAGGAAUUGAAAUGGUUACCAGUGGAGGUAUGUUUGGAUUGUUCAUUUUAAAUGGGUCCGAAAUGGAAAAUGAAUUUGCUUCACAAAAAUUGAAUUUGAUCUGAAAUUCCGAAAAAUAUACUGGAAGACUAUUUGGGUGGCCGAGAAACGUCGGAAACUUUUUUUCUGAAACUUGCGUUCAAGUUCGAUUUUUUGAAUUCAUUUUGAGCUUAAAUCCAUUGCCGGGCCAUUUAAAAGAAAAAACUCAUCUCAUCGUUUAUUUUAAUUUGAAUUGUGCGAAUACAAAAAGUGCACAUUUCAUUUUCCAACGAAGAAGCCUUUUUUGUUUUUGUUUUUGUUUUUUUCGAGCAAAACAUACACUUUUCUUUGGAAAAACAGGAAUUAUCUUGAAAAAUGAGGGCGUGGAUUUAUUUUGUGUGAGAAAAUAACUCUUUUGAAAAUAAUUUGACGCGAAACCUAAUUAACCAAAUAUUUUACAGAUUGUGAUGGAGAAUGUGAAGAAUUGCCAGAUGGAAAAACAGUUAUGGUGGAAACUGGAUCGAAAAAACCGCCAAUGUUGGGAUCGACUAAGAAAGAUGUUACCUUGGGUUCGACGGAUUCGGCUGAAGACGCAGCGAAUAUGAAGACUGCUAGAACUGGAAUUGCCAGCUUUGAUGAUGGUGUGUUUUGAAAAGCUCGUUAUUGUGGAGUGUCGUUGUUUUGCACAUUUAUAGCCUAUCACAGUAGAUAUUUCUAUUUUGCACGUGCUUUCAUGUUUUUUUUUGUUAUUCUGGGAUUUUCUGUCUUUCUUUCAACAAAUGAUUUAUGUUUCGUUGAGCAUUGUUUUUCUUUUGAAAAAAAUAUAUAAUAUAAACUUGAUUCGGAGCCGAAAAAGUGCACGAAAAGACCUUUUUCCCGUAUCCACUUGAGAAUGUUUAUUUUGAUCUCCGCCCUUCUUUUUUUUUCUCGUUAGAAAAAAUCUUCUUUUUCUUCUAUACCUUAGUUAUUAUAUUUUUAUUUGUAGUAUUCAAUAGAUGUUAGCUAGAAAAUAUGAUAAAAGUGGGCGGAGACGAAAAUCGGUGAAAUUUGUUUUGGGUAUUUAAAAAAUUAAUUGAUCUUUGAAAUUCAACAGAUAAAUUUUCAGCGGAUUCGAAACUGGAAGCUGAAUAUAUUCGAAGAUUUUUGGGGCAAUUGAAUCCGCUGGAAGAAUCGAGAUUGUGUGAAUUGAAAUAUAGCCUGCAAGCACAUCAUAAGGUAGAUUUUUUUUUGAAAAAACCUUACUAUUUUUCAAAAAUUCAGGGAAAACUGCCGAAUGAUGCUCAUCUUUUGCGAUUUCUUCGCGCACGCGAUUUUGAUGUGCAAAAAGCGAAAGAUAUGGUUCAUGCAAGUUUAAUUUGGAGAAAACAGCAUAAUGUUGACAAAAUUCUGGAAGAAUGGACUGUUCCGACUGUUAUUAAACAAUAUUUUCCAGGAUGUUGGCAUAAUUCGGAUAAGGUUGGUUUUUUUUGAGUAAUAUGAGCAAUGGAGGAGAUUUUUGGUUUUCUAGGCCAUCCCCUUACAACAAAAUCCAAAAGAAAUUUUUCAGGAAGGCCGACCAUUGUAUAUAUUGCGAUUUGGAGAAUUAGAUACCAAAGGAAUGCUUCGAUCUUGUGGAGCUGAAAAUCUUGUAAAACUAACAUUAUCGAUUUGUGAAGAUGGACUUCAAAGAACAGCUGAAGCCACUACAAAACUUGGAAAACCGAUUAGUUUUUGGAGUUUAUUGAUUGAUUUGGAUGGGCUUUCAAUGCGUCAUUUGUGGAGACCAGGAGUUCAAUGUCUGUUGAAAAUUAUUGAGAUUGUUGAGGCGAAUUAUCCGGAAACUAUGGGACAAGUUUUGGUUGUGAGAGCGCCACGUGUUUUUCCAGUUCUUUGGACGCUGAUCUCGUCUUUUAUUGAUGAAAAAACUAGAAAGAAAUUUAUGGUUAGCGGUGGAAAUGGAAGUGAUUUGAAAGAUGAACUUCGAAAACAUAUCGAUGAAAAAUAUAUACCGGAAUUCCUUGGUGGUUCGUGUUUGACAACAAAUUGUGGCAUCGGUGGACAUAUUCCGAAGAACUUGUAUUUGCCGGUUGAUGUAAAUGAAGGUGGAGCUGGAACAUCUUCGUCUUCAGAUGAUCCACUUCAUUCUACAUAUACAUCGACUUCGACUUCGACAAGUCGAGGACAACCGGUUGAAGUUGUUAUUCCGAUUGAUACUGCUGGAUGUGUUUUGACAUGGGAUUUUGAUAUUCUGAAGAAUGAUUGUGAAUUUAUGCUUUAUUAUAGUUCGCAGGUAAAAUUUAUGAUUUUUUUAAAUCUGAUUUUUAUGGUCGCAGAAGUGAUUUUUAACGAGACACUAGAUCUGGAGAUAUUUUAUUGCUCAAAAACACAGUGUAAUCGCGGAGCUUCGUUGUUUUCGAUAUAAAAAUUCUAGUUUUCAAUUUCACCGCUCGUACAUUGAAAACUUGAAAUUUGUUUCGAAUACAACGAAGCUCCGCAAUUCCAUUUUGUUUUUUGUGCUCAAAUUUCUCCAGGUUUGGAAUUCCGUGAAAAAUGAGGUAAAAUUACUUCUGGGACUUUAAAAAAUCAGAUUUUUCAUUAUAAACAUUCAAACGGAAUUGUGGAGCAUCGUUGUUUUCACAGAAAUUACGUUUAUCUGGAAUUCUAGGCCAUUUUUGAUUUCUGAGUCAUUUUUUUUUAGAAAAUCGAUGCACCAACAGCCCGUGAUCAAUCUCCAACCGCUCAUUUGAAUCCAGUCGAAAAAAUGACGGCGGCAAUCGGUGGAACUUCUCAUCCCCAACCAAUUUUGCAAUGUGCGCCUGAAUUGAAACUUGGGCAAGAUUUGAGUGUUGAAGAGAAAGCUGUCGUUUUCCAGGAAGGAGAUUCGAUGCAGGUUCGUUUUUCGAUCUAUUUUAAUCCUAAUCAAAAUCGAGAAUUCUUUUAGGGAUCACAUUAUUGUUCACGAGCUGGAACUUAUGUUAUGCAAUGGAAAAUUGGAGAGCAAGUUGGAGCUGGAAGUUUUGAUUUCGGUUCGCAUAAAUGUCGCUUCAUGUAUUACUAUGAGAUCUUGAGCUCGGCGAAUUUCCGCGGUUCUGUUGCAUCGUUGGAAUCUUGUAGAAGUUCGAGUUUUAGUUCAAUUGCGGCUCCACCAAGUCCUGGAACUCCCAGACAAAUGUAA